GCGUCUUUAAGGGGGACGGAGGACACAGCCGGGAGCGGUUGGGUGGCGGGGAGGCCGAGGUGCGGGGCUGGGCAGCGGGGCCUGGUGCUUCCAUUAGGGCGCAGCCUGCGGAGCUGCUCCCCGUCCCGGGCUGGCGGAUGGCGGCGGUGGACGACCUGAAGUUCCGAGAGUUUGACGAUGCUGCUCAUUUGCUUGCAGCGAAUCCCGAUGCCACCACAAUAAGCAUCGACGAGCCGGCAGAAGCCCAUAAGAAUCAGCACAGCCGCCGGCAGGAGCCGGGCAGGGAGGAGGACGAUGAGCUGCUGGGGAACGAGUCCGAUAAAACAGAGCUGCUUGCAGGGCAGAAGAAAAGUGCCCCUUUCUGGACAUUUGAGUAUUACCAGACGUUCUUUGAUGUGGACACCUACCAGGUCCUGGAUAGAAUCAAGGGUUCAGUUUUCCCUGUGCCAGGAAGGAACUUUGUAAGGCUGUAUGUCCGCAGCAAUCCUGACCUCUAUGGUCCCUUUUGGAUAUGUGCUACGCUUGUCUUUGCUAUUGCUGUUAGUGGCAAUCUCUCCAAUUUCUUCAUCCACCUGGGCAGGCCGACGUACCACUAUGUGCCCGAGUUCAGAAAAGUCUCCAUAGCAGCAACAACGAUUUAUGCAUACGCUUGGCUUGUUCCCCUUGCUCUCUGGGGAUUCCUGAUGUGGAGGAACAGUAAAGUGAUGAACAUUGUGUCCUACUCCUUCCUGGAGAUAGUGUGUGUCUAUGGCUACUCUCUCUUCGUCUAUAUUCCCACAGCGAUCCUAUGGAUUAUCCCACACAAAGUGGUGCGUUGGGUCCUGAUGGUUUUCUCCCUGUGCCUUUCUGGCUCUGUUCUGGUGAUGACCUUCUGGCCCGCAGUCAGAGAUGACAACAGAAGGAUUGCCCUGGCCACCGUGGGGACCAUCGUCCUGCUUCAUGCCCUGCUGGCUGUUGGCUGCUUGGCCUACUUUUUUGAUGCCCCUGAAGUGGAUUUUCCUGCACCCGUUCUCCCCACUCACAACGGAACAACACUGAUAACAAAGGUGAAAUGAACAGGUGGCUCUGUUCCCGUUCGUUGCCGUUAUUUGCUCACUGAAAACCGGGACAUUUGGUUUAUAAGGAGCAUUGAUCCCCCGCCGUCCUGCACAGCAAUAAAGCGAUGUUGUGGUACCACA